UACUAUACUUUUUUUCGAGAGUGAUAUAUGUUUGGAAUACGAGUUCCCCGAAAAAUACUCAGAAAUAUCUCAAGAAAUAAUAUACUUUGUUGCGCUCUUAUACACUUCAUGAUGUCACGCACAGUCAGGUACUUUAAAAUGAUGUACAUCGUAGCUGGCAUACUCUUGAGCAACGAAGAAGUAUGCGAAACAGUCGACCAAAUACAAAUCACACCACGUGUUGAAGUUAAAGACUUGGCACAACCGAAGAAGCUCCAACGCAAAGAAGAAAAAGUGUCCAAAACUCCCAAGACCUGGUACCAAAAAAUGGAUGUGUUUCUGCUUUUGCCGAAAUUGAAACGCGUACUCACACCAAUGCUCGGCGCUUUCAGCAUAUGGACUAUACCCAAGUUGGUGUUGGACUACUCCUCUGGCUACAUAAGCAAGAAAUUCGUGCUGGAUGGAGACUGUGAUAUGAUCUAUAAUAAAUAAUACAACUACUAAGCUUCCCUACUCGAUUACUUUUUAAUUAGUUUAAGCAAUUUUUACAAACUCUCGGAUGUUAAGUUUCGUUAUAAGACAUAAUUUUCUUAUAUAUAUUUGUAUUACAUAAGGUUAUAUUUAAUACAUAAGGUUAUAUAUUUGUGUUAACACUCAAAAGUACAUAAUUCUGUGAAUUAUAACUAGUAAACCAUAGAGACGUAAAGAUAGACAAGAAAAUUUUAAUAAUUAUUUAAGUUUAGAAACAUUUUUAUACUUGCUUAUCAUUUGUUAAGUGUAAAUUUGGUCCCUUCUAUAAAUUUUCUCUCUUACGAUAAGUUAACAAAUAAAUUACUAUUUAACUUUUAACUUU